UGCGUCAGCUGGUUUAUGUUUACAUCGCAUCAAUUUUUUCGCAGUGAACUUAGACAUUAUUGUGCCGGAUCCAAAUAAACGACAUACGCGUUAAUCUAAUCGAUGGACAUUGUUGGUUUGCACGAGACAACCGCUGAGGUCCGAAAUCACACGACAGUGAUAGGCACACCUCAGGACUGUCUUUAGAAGCUCUUCUGCUUUCAUUAUGGGUGGAGCCGUGAGCGCGGGUGAGGACAACGAUGAGCUGAUUGACAACCUUAAGGAGGCCCAUUACAUCCGCUCAGAGCUGGUGGAGAGGGCCUUCAGAGCCAUUGACAGAGCGGACUAUUACCUUGAGGAGUACCGUGACAGCGCGUACAAAGAUCUAGCCUGGAGGCAUGGAAACCUCCAUCUGUCUGCUCCAUGUAUCUACUCUGAGGUGAUGGAGGCCUUGGACCUACAGCCUGGCCUGUCUUUUCUCAAUCUGGGCAGUGGGACGGGUUAUCUCAGCACCAUGGUGGGCCUUAUACUGGGUCCGUUUGGUGUGAAUCACGGUGUGGAACUGCAUGUGGAUGUGGUUGAUUAUGCGUAUCAGAAACUUGACCACUUUAUCAAAACCAGCGACAGCUUUGACAAGUUUGAGUUCUGUGAGCCGACAUUUGUGGUGGGGAACUGUCUGGAGAUCCCUCCGGAGAGCCGGCAGUAUGACAGGGUGUACUGUGGAGCAGGAGUUCAGAAAGAGUAUGAGAACUACAUGAAGAACCUGCUAAAGGUCGGCGGGAUCUUAGUUCUCCCACUAGAGGAGAAGUUGACCAAGAUCACCCGUACAGGUCAGAGCUCCUGGGAGACCAAGAAAAUCAUCGCUGUGACCUUUGCCCCGCUCGUCCAGCCCAAACAGAAUGUCAAUGGCAGACCUAGGAGUGUUCCUUUACCCAUUUUUGAAGUGCGGACACUGCAGGACCUGUCCCGUAUUGCUAUUCGCCACACUUUGCGUCAGCCCAUAUCUAUGGGGGAAGGACGCACAAAAAGACGGGUGUCUUUCCCAGGGGCCCGGGCCAUGCACCGCUACGGGCCCCGCUUCGAACGCCGCCGCUUCUGUCGGCGUUUCUACCGCCAGUGCGUCAACUCCGUGGUCCUCCACGACUCCAUGAUUCCCACAGCCAUGGACGACUGCAACUACCCCGGAGGGGUGGAAGAGGAAGAAGAAGAAGUGGAGGAGGAAGAAGAAAGGAGUUGCCGCCGAGUGAGAGAAGACCUGCCCGAGGAGGACGAGGACGGAUGCGGCACCGAGGACGAGAAAAGCAAAGGCGGCUGCGCUCGUGCGGAGCCUCCCGUUAAUAUUCUGCGUGAGAAGAUCCUCAGACUCCCGUUACCUGAACCCCUGAAGAUGUAUCUGCUGUAUUACAGGGAGAAAUGAGACGUGGCGAGAGAUAACACGUGCGGGGUAGCGCUAAGACGAUUAGAUGUGAAGAAAAGCCUUUCUCUUCGUCCUCCUCCUCUCAACUGGAUUAGCAUGACAAUUACGUCCUCAAUUAAUGACAUCAUGAUAUCCAUAUCCCUUUGAGAAGCAAAGCUCCUUGAUUCGGGAUGUACAGAGAUGGAACUGAAGGAUGAGCUAAUUUCCUGAAUAAUCAACGUCGCCUAAGCUCACGCAGCUCGUUUUUAAUUCAGUUUUCCCCUCGGUUGAGAUGAUCAAAGCGUACGAUACGAUACAUUGUCCCUGUGGGAAUUGCUUGUUGAUGUGUGCUCUUUUAGAGUAGCGUCACUUUGGGAUGUGGCGUAGUUUGACAAGGCGGAUUGAAUAUUUUUUUUAUAGCUUUAAGGUGCGGUCACAUUUACCCUAGCUUGAUGGAAUCCAGUCAUUUCAAUAGGAAUCUCUCAGAUUCAGAUUUCGCUCGCAUUCUUGUUGUUCAAGUAAAUUUUUCUACAACCAAAAGGAAUCUGGUUGGUUUGAAAGUGACUUUGUGCAUCGCUACACUAUUGACGUUGGACUUUCUUUGCCUGUGAAAUUUCGCUAGUGUGACCGCACCUUUACACGAGACCCCAAAGUUGGCCCUCCACUGUUGAACUCUUUUCCUUGCCUCUACUGUGUACUGAAUAACGUCUGCAUGUGUACUGCCGUAGCGCACCCACAUUUUGUCAGUAAUUGGAGUUUGUGGUGGUAUGAUGCAUUUUACAUAAUGUAAAUUCGAUUAGAGAUGCGUUGACGGCAUUGUAACUUUAUUCCACGCUCGUAUGAAGGCAGACAUCGUUUUUGCACCCAGUUACUAUAAAAUCUUCAUCCGUCAGAAUUACACACACAGUGAUUUACAUGUUCAUUGUGUCAAAUCGCAAGCUUUACAAUAAAAUUGUAAAGAUUGUGCGAAGGAGAAACAUUUUUAGUAAAAUUCUAUUUAUUGGCAAUCGCCAAAAAUUUGAGGUAUGUAAAGCACUUGAGUAUUUUUCACAAAUUCCAAUCAUUGUGCUCAGAAUCCUUGGCCCUACUCAGGAAUACUUUAGGAAAACAUUUAUUUCAUGUUAUUUUUUUAACUCCUUAAGACCAAAAUGUUAGGACCUUUCUAUUUUUUGACCAAAAAUGUUGAUCUGCUUUUUAUAUAUCACAUUGGUAGUAAAACAAUCUCUGUACAGGAAGACUAUUCUGAGCAUACAAUGGUUGGAUCUGGCAAUUCUUUGAUCCCAGGUUCAAUUUCUACACAUUUCAUUAAUGCAAGAGCUUUUCUCUUUUGUUCUCCUUGAUGAGACCAAUGUUUAGGUAGCCUAUAAAACCCAGGAAAGUCUUUACUCAUUUGAUGUACAAGCAUAUCUACCAGGUUUUGCUCAGACUGAUUGUGUGCUUGUAGGUGACUGAACCUUCAAUAAAGUUUGAGUUUGCACAAUG